UAUGGGAAAAUUCAUAAGGUCGUUAUAAAUCCAAGUUCCACGUAUGCCGGGGUCCAGGGUCCAUCUGCUUCUGCCUAUGUUACAUAUGUUAAUAACUAGGAUGCCUUGCGGGCCAUUCAAAGCGUCAAUAACAUUAUGAUAGACGGGCGGCUCAUAAAGACCAGCUUGGGGACAACUAAAUACUGUAGCCACUUCAUGAAGAACCAGCAGUGUCCCAAGGGCGACUGCAUGUACUUACAUGAAUUGGGCGAUCCCGAGGCCAGUUUUACAAAGGAGGAAAUGCAUCAGGGAAAGCAUCUGGAGUACGAGAAGCGCCUGCACGAUACUCUAAUUGCCUCACUCGGACCGAAUACAACAGCCACGAUUCCAUCGUCGUCAUCAGCAUCAUCCUCGUCCUCUUGAUCGGGAACAAAUGGUUCAAGUGCAGGCAAUGCCCAGCAGAAGGAGGCCUGGUCCAGCUUAUCGGUCUCG